GCAAGAGCGAUGGUGGGCACCGAGCGUGACACGGACACGUCUGUUGAACGCGUGACGUCACAGCAUGACGCGUGCGGCGACCCCUAGGUGGCAACUGACGGACGCGCCCCAUCGCAACAUGCAGCCCGCAGCACGCGCUGCACUGAACGAGGACAUCUGGUCCACCAUCCUGUCCCUCGUCGACCCCGGCGACGCCCAGAGCCUCUCCCUCGUCUCCCGCUCCGUCCACCCCGCCGCCCGCCGCGCCGUCCUCUCCUGCGCGGACAUCUCCUCGCAAUCCCAGCUCGAGCAUGCCUGCGCCUUCAUGAUCGCGGAGCCGCACCAUCGCGCCUGCUGGCUGCGCGAGCUCUUCAUCGACCAGCACGCCCUGGACGCGCUCGAGCACCGCUGGGACAGCGCCGAGGGGCUCUCGCUCGCUGCGCAGCUCGCGGACCUCCUCGCAGCCACCCAGAACAUCACCAGCCUCGCCCUCCCCUCCGUGGAGUCCAUCUUGGCGGCGGAACCGCGCGUCGGCACCGCCCUGGCCGCCCUCGCGCGCCUCGAGUUCCUCUCGCUCUCCGGCGUGCUCACCCGCGCACUCGCCGUCGCGAACACGAUGGCCAGCCGUCCCUCGGAAGUCGCCCUCGUGCUCGGCGAUCCCCCCAACGCCGAGCACGCCGCCAGCACAUACCUCGUGCUGCUGAGCCACCUCGCGCUCCUCCGCAACGCGCGCGUGGUGGAGAUCGAGUUCUUCGACAUGACGCUCGAUGUGUAUGUCAAGCCCAAGCAGCCCUCAGACUUUGCCUUCCUGCUGCGGGAGCUCGGCCAGCAUCCGUCCGUGCGCGAGCUCUGCCUCCGGAACGGCGGGCCCCUCCCGCUGUUCCACAUCUUCCCGAACAUCCAGACUCUCCACAUGCGCUGCCUGCACGAGUCGUUCGCCGGAUUCGACUGGCGCGCGUGGGCGUGGACGGCGUCCGUCCCGCUGGUCGACGUCUCCGCCGACGACGACGACGAGCUCGCGUGCCUCGUCGGGCCACACGGCACCCCGACGCUGCGGCAGCUCUACCUCCACCAGCCGCCCUCGCUCUUGCGCGCCCCCGAUAGGGCCUUCAACGCGGACGACUUGCGCCCCGUCUGCCUGACGUUCCACCUCGAAGAGUGGCACGCGCCGUGGAACACGGACCUCCCCCUCUGGGACGGCUAUCUGGAGGACCCCGCGGGUGCAGAGGGGCGGCUGCGCUACCUGCAGGUGACGGCGCAGUGCCAUUCGGACGAGGACGUGCCUGUGCAGUGGGUGGAAUGGCUCCUCCCUGCGCUCCAAGAGUCCGCGCUCGUGUGCGUGCGGCUCAACUUCGAGGCCAUCACGCCGUCGGGGACGGUGGUCAAGCUGGACGAGGCGCGGCAGAUGCUCGUCGAGCACGUCCCUUCGCUGCGCUACCUGUGCAUCGCGCAAGGGCAGUGCCCGCUGGAGGAUCUGGAGUAUGCGCACCACCCCCGCCUCGUCGGCGAGUGCGCUUGGUGGCGCGUGCACGAGGGCGCGGGCGAGAGGCGCGUGGAGAGCAUCUCGUGUGAGGCCGGUGAGCGCGUCGAGCGGUAUCUGCGCUCGGCAGAGUUUGAGGCGACGUUGUCCCUCGACGGCUUUGUGCCGGAUGAGGUGUAGACUUUGUAUACGUACUGAUAGCUACUUACGCUACGCAGCGCGAACACGGCCGCAUCGGUCCUGUACGCUUGCCCGAUGAUCAGUGAGCGUCGAUUUUGAAGACGAGCUCACGUGGCUAUAUGCGCCUCGCCCGGCGUGAAGCGUGGCACGGUGAGGUAGAGGCAGCGUAGCCGCGGGCUCUCUGAGCCAGACAAGCACCCAACAUGGCUCAG